CAAAAGCUCGCCGCCGCCAUCAUGAGGAACAGGGCUACUACACCCUUGAAGACACCGAAAAUCCGGCAAUCAUGGAGCAAAUAUAACCUGUAUAACCUCAGUCGGCUGAGGGAUGUCUACCGCCCAAACGCCACCUUCUUCCAGCAGAAAUGGAAGGCCAAGGCCGCCGCUCGCGCCUACCACGGGGAACAGGUCUCCGAGAAGCAAUGGCAGCGCAUGUUCUCCCCCCGCUUGCGCAGCGUCGUGCCCAUGGCCCCCAGCAAUUUGGCCCGAGAUGACGGUUCCGCUAUGUCGGCCGGUCGUGGGUCCGGUCUGACGCAGGCCCCGCCACGGGAAGAGAUGGAGGAAUUCAAGGUGCAUGAGGGGGAUGCCGGGUCUGUCAAGAAGCCUCGGGUGUCUCGGGCGUCUUACACGGGCGAGAGAACAACGCCUUACGUUCAAAUGACGUUCGCCCCGUUGGAGCGUCGCCUCGACACGGCUAUUUUCCGUGCCAUGUUUGCGAGCAGCGCGAGACAGGCCCGGCAGUUUGUGGUACACGGUGCCGUCAAGGUCAAUGGCAAGCCGAUGAGAUUCCCCGGCUACCUGCUCAACCCCGGCGAUAUGUUCCAGGUUGAACCCGAGCGCGUCAUGUACGCCACCGGUGCGCCCAAAGACAAGGUGGAACGACGACAGACCCGAGUGGCCCGCAAGAAGGCGGCCGAGGAGGCCAAGAAGGCCGAGGAGGCUGCGGAGGAAGCCGCGGAGGAGGGCUCGACUUCUGAGGAGGCGACCAAGGCGGAAUCGGCGCCGGUGGAAGCCCCCCGCGAGACCCUCAAGGCGCUCAUGGCUCAGGCUAAGGCCAUCAUGAAUAGCAGCAAGGACGUGCUCCCGGCCAAGCGCAAGCAGGAUCUGCGUGGAUUUCAGAGAGCCGUUCGUCGGGUGCUGUCCCGCUCUGGAAACAGCACGGUUUUGACUGCCAACCUCGAGGAGCAGUUCUCCGAGCUGACGACCCUUCUCAAGGCCAAGCGCGCCGAGAAGAAGCCCGUGAAGGCGAAGAAGGAGGAGACCGAAACGAAGGAGGGCGAGGAGGAGAAUCAGAAGGCAGAAAAGACGGAGGUGGAGGCUAAGACUGAGGGGUCUGCUACCGAGAAGUCCGAGUCCAAGGCUGCUACCCCGAAGGCAGGCGAGAACGGCCCCAUCACUACCCAGCUGUCUGAGGCGUUCCGUCAGGCCAUCCAGAACCCGGAGAAAGAGGUGGACACAUCGGAACUCUCGGACGAGGAGUUCGAGGUGCUGCGCCGGGCGCUCGUCCAGAUGCGCGACAACCCGGUGGAUAGCACCAAGCCCUAUGCCACCCCCUGGAGGCCGCGUGACUACAUGAGUGCGUUCGCCACGAUCCCCCGUUACUUGGAGGUCAAUCACAACAUUUGCGCUGCUGUGUAUCUGCGACACCCCGUGGCUCGUCCUGGCUUCGGUGAGGUGCCGACGCCAUUCGGCGACAUGGUCAACAACCCGGCGUUUGUGUGGUACUUGAGACGGCGGUAGGUGCAUUUCACGUGGGUUUCAAUUCAAUCAUCUGUAUUCUCUCUUCUCUCUUCUCUGUUUUCUCUCCGUUCUGCGGGCCUGUUCCACAGUCUUCAUGUAUUACUGGGUGUCUGAUUAUUCGAUGUGUCGGAUUGGUUUCUUUUUUUUUUCUUUGGUUCCCUUGCAUCUUGGGUGCUUAUCUACAGUGUAUUCCCUUUUUCUUUCCUUUUUUUAUGGUUUGUUGUUUCCCCUCGAUCACCAGGGGAGAGGGCAAAAGUCAAUGAAGUAGCCAGGGUAUUCGGAGCUAGAGGAUCCCACUGUACUGUACAUCAU